AUGCAUGUGAAAUUUGCUUACACGAGUAAUCCCAUUGAUUUAAAUGAGAGCAUUCAUGUGAUGAAAACAAGUUCAAUGCAGGAACGUUUAGAAGAUGGUGACCUUAGAAACGAACAGUCGUCUUUGGAAGUAUUCAAAGGGUGGUUAUUAAAACUUAAAGCUGAGAGUUGCUGUUUGAAGGGAGAAAUGGCUAGAAAGAUGUUUGGGGAGCUCACCUGCCAAAUAAUAAUGCAUUUUAAUGAUGCCGGUUCUAGACCUGGAAGGCCUCCUAAGAGGACUCAAAGUGUCACCUCCCCAGAGAAUUCUCAUAUCAUGCCACAUUCUGUCCCAGGCCUAAUGUCUCCUGGAAUCAUCCCGCCAACAGGCCUGACAGCAGCAGCUGCAGCGGCAGCAGCUGCCACCAAUGCCGCCAUAGCAGAAGCAAUGAAAGUGAAAAAAAUUAAAUUGGAAGCUAUGUCCAACUAUCAUGCAAAUAAUAACCAGCAUGGAGCAGACUCUGAAAAUGGAGAUCUGAAUUCAAGUGUCGGCAGCAGUGAUGGUUCUUGGGAUAAAGAAAAACUUCAGUCUCCCCCCACCCAAGGAUCACAGGCCUCUGUUAACCACCCCAACUUGCCUGGACAGCAUAAUGUUCCAGUUAGCCAUCCUCUCAACCCUCUUCAACAGAACCACCUUCUGCCAAAUGGAUUGGAACUUCCUUUUAUGAUGAUGCCCCACCCGUUAAUUCCCGUGAGCCUACCUCCAGCAUCUGUCACGAUGGCAAUGAGCCAGAUGAAUCACCUUAGUACCAUCGCCAACAUGGCAGCAGCAGCACAAGUGCAGAGUCCUCCAUCCAGAGUUGAGACAUCUGUUAUUAAGGAACGUGUUCCAGACAGCCCUUCUCCUGCUCCUUCUCUUGAAGAGGGCCGAAGACCUGGCAGCCAUCCAUCUUCUCAUCGAAGCAGCAGUGUGUCCAGCUCUCCUGCACGGACCGAGAGCUCUUCAGACAGAAUCCCUGUCCAUCAGAAUGGGCUAUCUAUGAACCAAAUGCUGAUGGGUUUGUCACCUAAUGUCCUGCCUGGACCUAAGGAGGGUGAUCUGGCUGGUCAUGAUGUGGGACAUGAGACAAAAAGAAUACACAUUGAGAAAGAUGAGACCCCGCUCUCCACACCAACCGCAAGAGACAGCCUUGACAAACUUUCUCUAACUGGGCAUGGGCAACCACUACCUCCGGGUUUUCCAUCUCCUUUUCUAUUCCCUGAUGGAUUGUCCUCCAUAGAGACCCUUCUGACUAACAUCCAGGGUCUACUAAAGGUUGCUAUAGACAAUGCCAGAGCUCAAGAGAAACAGGUCCAACUGGAAAAGACAGAGCUGAAGAUGGAGCUCUUCAGGGAACGAGAACUGAGGGAAACACUUGAAAAACAGUUGGCUGUGGAGCAGAAGAACAGAGCAAUAGUUCAGAAGAGGCUAAAGAAGGAAAAGAAGGCAAAGAGGAAAUUGCAGGAAGCACUUGAAUUUGAGACUAAACGACGGGAACAAGCAGAACAGACACUGAAACAGGCAGCUUCAACAGAUAGUCUCAGGGUCCUAAAUGACUCUCUGACCCCAGAGAUAGAAGCUGACCGCAGCGGGGGCAGAACAGAUGCUGAAAGGACAAUACAAGGUAGGAAUUUGCAAAAGGCUAUAAAUCUAGAUCUUGCUAUAUGA